CAGCGUCGUGUAUGUGGAGGAAGAACCAAACGCUGGUGUGAGGCCCGAACAUGGACCGAAUGGGAAAGAUCAUCUUCUACGAGGACAGGAACUUCCAGGGGCGCUACUAUGAGUGUAACAGCGACUGUCCAGAGCUCAACGCCCACUUCAGCCGCUGUAACUCGGUUCGGGUGGAGAGUGGCGCCUGGGUUCUGUACGAGAGGCCCAACUACAUGGGCUACCAGUACAUCCUGACCCGGGGGGACUACCCCGACUACCAGCGCUGGAUGGGCUUCAACGACAGCGUCCGGUCCUGCAGGAUGAUCCGCAACACCUCCGGCAUGUGGAGGGUUCGAGUCUAUGAGCGCUCCGACUUCAACGGCCAGAUGCUGGACCUCACCGAAGACGUGAACAACCUCCAGGAACGCUGGCAUUUCCGCGAGGUCCACUCGGCCCACGUCCAGGACGGCGCCUGGGUUUUCUACGAGCUGCCCAACUACCGCGGCCGGCAGUACCUGCUGGAGCGAGGGGAGUACCGGCGCUACACCGAGUGGGCCGCCAUGAACCCCAAUGUGGGCUCCUGCCGAAGGGUCCACGACUUCUAGAGCCUCACGCUCCACAGCUCUGGCCAUUAAACACAUUUAAUAAAGAAGGAUUGUGGUCGGUA